GGCUGUAACAUAACAAAAUGUGGAAAAAGUCAAGGGACGAUGCUGUCGGAUUUGGUACAUCGUUGCAUGUUUUAAAGUGACUAUUUAGAACGUAUGUCUGUGUAAGUUUUGUUGCCUUGUUGCAGUGUCACAACUCAGUUGGCACAGUAUGUUUCAACAUUUGUGCUGACACUUACGCCAAUGUCUCCGUGGACCAGUGGAGGCUGGUGGGAGGAGCUAUUGGAGGACGGCUGGUAUGGAAUAAACAGAACGGAGUCAAACAUGUGGUUUCCAUAUGUUUGAUAUAUUUGCUACCGUUCCAUUGAUUCCAUUCCAGCCAUUACAAUGAACCCAAAAGGCAGAAAGCAUGAACAUGUUAGUACUUCAGGGACUGCAAACGGUCAGACAUCAGUCUCUCUCGCUCUCUCUCCCUCACUCAGUCACCGACUGGUUCUGGGGAGUGGAGUUAGAUGGAACUCAGUGGCUCUGUAGCCAAGGUCAUCAGUUUGGUCUGUCUUCCUCCUACACCACAACAGAACUGACAGAAAAGCAUCCACACAAGUAGAUUUCAGAGCUAACCCCUGACCUAUAAGAGAUGGAUGGAUGGGACAAGCCUGUAGGGUCCUCUGUAGGGGCCAUGAUGUCCGAAGACAAUGGCAGCACCCCCACAUCACCUCUGGUCAACCAGUCCUGUGCGGGCCUGAAGUGCUAUAUGGUUCUGUUUGAGGCAGAGAAGACAGCCAUCGGCUCCAUCUGUUUCUUGGCCGGACCCUUCACUUUCCUGGAGAAUGCGUUGGUCCUGGGUGUGAUCGCCGCCACCGCCGCCUUGCGCCAGCGUCCCUCCUACCUUUUCAUUAGCAGUCUGGCCCUGGCCGACAUCUUUGCCAGCUGCUUCUUCACCACCAGCUUCCUGGACUUCCACCUGUUCCACCGCCUUGACGGCCCCAACGCCUACCUCUUCAAGCUGGGCGGAGUGACGAUGGCUUUCACCAGCUCGGUGGGUAGUCUUCUGUUGACUGCUCUGGACCGCUAUCUGUGUAUACAUCAGGCGUCGAGUUAUAAAGUGGUGUUGACGCGCCGCAGGGCCCUGUUGGCUCUCCUUGCCUUGUGGAGCGCCACCAUCCUCAUCUCUUUCCUCCCUCUGAUGGGCUGGAGGUGCCCCACAGGGCUCAGCCAGCCCUGCUCGCGCCUCUUCCCAUACAUCGACCACCGCUACCUGGCCUGCUGGGUCAGCUUCAUCCUGGUGCUGCUGUCACUCAUCCUGGGCGCCUACGCCCUGAUCCUGUGGAGGGCCAAUCGGCAUGAGGCAUCCAUGACGGGCCUCCAGGGGGCGCCUACCCGUGGUCAGGCCCGCAUGCGGCUGGACAUCCGGUUGGCACGUACCCUGGGCCUGAUUCUGCUCAUCAUGGUGGGCUGUUGGCUGCCGACCCUCUCCUUCAUGCUGGCAGACGUCUCGGUGCAGCUCACACACUUUCAGCAGAGGGCCUUUGCUUUCUGCAGCACCAUGUGCCUGGUCAACUCAGCCGUCAACCCACUACUGUAUGCCCUGCGCUGCCGGGAGCUGAGGGUGGCACUGAUGCGGCUGUUGGGGUGCCUGAGUGAGGGGCAGGGGUGCUGCCAGAGGCACGUAGGGGGAGACACGACCCUUACCCUUCCCUUAGGCGAGAGCAACAGCUGUAGCGCGCACUCCGAGAGUGAGGCGCCCAGACUCGUUAGCUGCCGACCGAACACAGUCUCAGAAAUGGUUGGCAAGCAGCAGCUGGACAUGACUGGAAAAUGAGAAGGGUUGAGAGGCUUACUGUAUAUCAGGGUUAUAGCAGUGUUGUGAACUUGUGUUUCUUCUGUUGUGUUCGUAGCGAUAAGGAGGUAAUGUCUCUAAAAUGAACUGUGAUAACAGGGACUAAAACAAAGAUAUCGACCAUGUUACCAUAAAUUGUGUUGACCCACCUACAAGCCAAGUCACUCAGAGAUAAUAUUAUUCUAUUAUUUGUCCAAGGGACAUAAAUUAACACCUUUGGGAAGACAACAGCAUUGUUGGUGUUGGUAGUGUAAAUGUAGAUAGCUAUGUGUAUCCUAUGCUUGUUUUCGCUUGAGUGUUUGUCCUUUAGCCUCCAGGAGAGGAUCCUGACGGGUUCCCAUCUGCACAUAAAUACCUGUCCUGAAUAGAGGCCCUGUGGAUUGUAAACAAUGUCCUCCACAUGUGACUGCAAGCAGUGUCGAGAUCAGAGGUGUAGGAAAGGCUGAGCCUGGGUGGGUCCAAACAGGAAAUAAAUAAGAAGUCCACUCAGAUUUUGUAUUAUUUAUUUAAAUAUUUUUUUUCAUGCUCUUUACUCGUCAGUGUUCCAAAUGGAACAUAGUGUUUGCAUAUUUAGGUAAAAAGACAAUCAGAAUUCAUAGCAAGCAGUACACUGGGUUAGUCAGAUUUGAUUAAAUAUAAUGGAACAGAUGACAUGGAAUGACAUCACAUGCCAAAAAGAACUAACUGAAAGCCACACCCCCAAUGUGCAACGAAAUGACUGCAUUGAGGCAUAUGUCACUGUGCUUUUAUGGCUAUUAUGCACCAUGCCACUACCUUUCAUUUGUCCAUUUAGCAAACAAGACAGCUCAUAAUCCAGUGCCUUUAUCACAGUCAACACACCUACAUUUUAGCUUUAAAAAUUCUACAUUUUCUCUCAGCUUCAUGGCAAAAUGUGUAUUAUAGCACGAUAUGAGCUAAAAAAAUGCACACUUUCCUCUCUAUCCUAUGGCAAAGUGUGUAGAAUUGCAGGAAAUUUGCUUUAAAACAGCAACAUGCCAAAAUGUGUAGAAUAGCAUGAGAUUAGCUAUAAACUGCACAUUUGUCUCUGUUCCAUGGCAAAAUGUGUAAAAUAAAAUUGGGGGCCCAGACAAAUUUCUGCAGGCCCACCCAACACGCCACUGGUCGAGAUAAGUGGGGCACAGGUCAGAAAGAUAGUCACACAACACAGAGACUAGAACACUUUUUUUUCUAUAGAACACUACAAAUGGCAACUAUAGUUUACAAGUCAUUUUAGUAGAUCGAUCACAAAACAAUCAAACACAAAGGUAGAUGUUUUGUCUUGUAGAUAGUCUAAGUAAAAUCAAAUCAAAAAAACAUUUUAUUUGUCACAUGCUUCUUAAACAACAGGUGUAGACUAACAGUGAAAUGCUUACUUACGGGUCCUUUAACAACAAUGCAGUUUAUUUUUUAUUUUUUAUUUUAUUUAUACGAGAAAUAAAUACACAGUGAAUAACAAUAACGAGUUUCAAUGUGCAUGGGUACUAGUCUAAGCCACUUAAAGUAAUGCCUGGGUAGACAUUUAUUUUCAUAUCCCUUAAUUAGUCCAUCGAUUUCUUCUCUUCAGCUCCCAGUCUCCUGUUAAAGUGACAAACUGCACUGCUGCUAAGACAAUUGUGUUUACCAUGCAGCCUUUGAAACAAAGUGUGUUUAUAGUCCCACCUCCCUCAAGAGGACAAUCCUUCUGAACACAGAUGACAGCCUGGAGACAGGGAGACUGCCAUUUCAGGUCAGAGAACAGUGGGGGGGAAAAGGACAGACAGCAUGGUUUAUGUGAGGGGGUGAGAUGGCAGAGACUAGAUGGAGAGAGAUACUGAGUCAUUUCUGGGAAACAAUUAAGUACCUUACUGUGAUUAUUUUUGAUAAUUUUAAUUGAAAACAAACAAAAAUAGGUUCUUAGCUAAGAGAAAUUUCUCAAGCAAGACUUUUGCUACGACUGUCUGGGAGUGGUCUGAGUGGGGAUGGGAAAACUGAAAACUAGCUCUUUUUGGCAGAGAGGUUUCGAACACUCUUUCUUAUAGAUGGGUUGUCUGACAAUGUCACAAAUUAUGCGCAGCCAUUGAUGUGGCCGGAACGACUGGGUGAUCUCGCUUUCCGUAGCAGAAACGACUGGGUGAUCUCGCUCUCCAUAGCAGAAACGACUGGGUGAACUCGCACUCCGUAGGCCGCUGGGCCAGGAUGUGUACUUAGUGCAUGUGCUGACCAGCUGGCAAGUGUCUUUACUGACAUCUCUGACCCAGUCUGUAAUACCAGCUUGUUUCAAGCAGACCACAAUAGUCCUCUUGCCCAAGAACACCAAGGUAACCUACCUAAAUGACUAUUGCCCACGUAGCACUCACAGCUAUAGCCAUGAAAUACGUUGAAAGGCUGGUUUGACUCACAUCAAAACCAUCAUCCCAGACACCUCCAAUUCACAUACCGCCCCAACAGAUCCACAGAUGACGCAAUCUCUAUUGCAUUCCACACAACCCUCACCCACCUGGACAAAAGUAAUACCUAUGUAAGAAUGCUGUUCAUUGAUUACAGCUCAGCAUUCAACACCAUAGUCCCCUCCAAGCUCAUCAUCAAGCUCUGGACCUUGGGACGGAACAUCGACCCCUGCUACUGGAUCCUGGACUUCCUGACGGGCUGCCCUCAGGCAGUGAGGGUAGGCAACAACACAUCUGCAACACUGACCAUCAACACGGGGGUCCCUCAAGGGUGUGUGCUUAGUCCCCUCCUGUACUCCCUGUUCACACACAACUGUGUGGUCCCACAUGACUCCAACACCAUCAUCAAGUUUGCUGACGAAACGACGGUGGUAGGACUAAUCAACAACGACGAUGAGGCAGCCUUCAGUGAGAAGGUCAGAGACCUGGCAGUGUGGUGCCAGGACAACAACAUCUACCUCAACGUCAGCAAGACAAAGGAGCUCAUCGUAGACUACAGGAAACAGAGGAGCAAGCACGCACCCAUCCACAUCGAUGGGGCUGUAGUGGAGUGGGUCGAGAACGGUCAAGUUCCUCUGUGUUUACAUCACUAAGGAAUUAACAUGGUCUAAACACACCCACACCGUUGUGAAGAAGGAACAACAGCGCCUCUCCCCCCUCAGGAGGCUGAAAAGAUUUGGCAUGGGCUCUCAGAUCCUCAAAAAGUUCUACAGCAGCACCAUUGAUAGCAUCUUGACUAGCUGCAUCACCGCUUGGCACGGCAACUGCAAGGCACCGGACCGCAAGGCGCUACAGAGGGUGGUGAGUACGGCCCAGUACAUCACUAGGGGCAAGCUCCCUGCCCUUCAGGACCUCUACACCAGGCGGAGUCAGAGGAAAGCUAAAAAAAAUUGUCAGACUCCAGCCAUCCUAUCCAUAGACUUUUCUCUGCUACUGCAUAGCAAGUGUCACCAGUGCACCAAGACUGGAACCAACAGGACCCUGAACAUAAGACUGCUAAAUAGCUAAUCAAAAGGCUACCCAGACUACCUGAAUUUACCCUUUUUGAACUAACUAUCUUGCACUGACACACACUGGACAUUACAUAUACUUACACUGGCACCCCAACACACACUCUAAAUAUGCCCACACACAUAACAUGCAUACUGAUGCCACACUCACCACAUACGCUGCUGCUACUGCUUCACAUACGCUGCUGCUACAGCUCAGCCUAUUAUCUAUCCUGUUGCCUAGUCACUUUACCCUUACCUAUGUGUACAUAGCUACCUCAAUUUCCUGGUACCCCUGCACAUCGACUCGGUACUGGUACUCCCGGUAUAUAGUCAUGUUAUUUGUACUUGCUAUUCACUGUGUAUUCAUACCUUGUGUCACUAUUUCUAGUAAAAAAAAAAUAUCUUUAACGGGGGCGACAGGUAGCCUAGUGGUUAGAGCAUUGGGCCAGUAACCGAAAGGUUGCUAGAACGAAAUCCCUGAGCUGACAAGGUACAAAUCUGUCGUUCUGCGCCUGAACAAGGCAGUUAACCCACUCUUCUUAGGCCAUCAUUGUAAUCAAAAAAUUAACUGCAUUGUUGGAAAAAGACCCUUACGUAAGCAUUUCACUGUUAGUCUAAACCUGUUGUUUACAAAGCAUGUGACAAAGAACCUUUGAUUUGAAGCAGUGUUUUGUUAUGAUUAUGAACGGUCCGAUAGCUAGCAACAAUGACAAGAAGCCGACGUGGGGAAUCAUAGGUGGCUCAUUUCAGCUAGUUGUGUCUUGUUUUGAGGUGUUUUAACUUAUUUCAUGUCAAUGUUAAUAUGGCUCAAAUUCACCAGCUAGCUAACCAACAACUGUAACAAUGUAUUUUGAGAGACAAUAAGUGCUCAUUGUGAAAAUGUAUUUGUUUUCAAUAAACAUUUGGUGACGAAA